AUGUGCCAUUCAAAAAACCCCGAAUUAUCGUACCAAAACUACGAGAGUUCUGAAUUGAACAACAUCGAUGAAGCUGAAUGCGAUCGCGAGGUUCAAUUUCGCUUUAAAAAACACGAAGUUCCUGUUCUUGCUCGUGCGAUGGGUGUGCCUGGACGAUUCACAUGCCCACAAGGAACUAUUUGCGACGGAAUGGAAGCUCUGUGCAUGCGGUUGCGGCGAUUUUGCUACCCGUGUAGGUAUAGUGACUUGGUUUCGAUGUUUGAUAGAUCUGUCCCAGAGCUAAGUAUGAUUACAAACCAGGUUUUGGAUUUUAUUUAUGACCAACAUGCCCACAGGCUAACACAGUGGAACGAGCAGUUGUUGAGUCCUCAAUGCCUUCGAAGAUAUGCCGAAGCAGUGGCUCGUAAUGGCGAAUUUUUUUGGUUUUAUUGA